ACGACACCCACGAGCCACAAAAAGAAGAGCCGAUCCAGUUGCUGAGGAGGAGGCUGGGGGCUCAGCUCGAGAGAGUCCACACGCACCACCCCCAGGUCCCAGACUCCCAGUCCCCACCCACCACUCCUCCUCCUCCUCCUCCCCUCGCCGCCGCCGCCAGUUCCCGUCCGAUCCGCCCGGAUCGCCCCGCCAUGGACCAGUACGAGAAGACGGAGAAGAUCGGGGAAGGCACGUACGGGGUGGUGUACAAGGGCAAGGACCGCCACACCAACGAGACGAUCGCGCUCAAGAAGAUCCGCCUCGAGCAGGAGGACGAAGGCGUCCCUUCCACCGCCAUCCGCGAGAUCUCACUCCUCAAGGAGAUGCAGCACCGCAACAUCGUCAGGCUGCAGGACGUGGUGCACAACGACAAGUGCAUCUACCUCAUCUUCGAGUACCUCGACCUCGACCUGAAGAAGCACAUGGACUCCUCCGCCGACUUCAAGAACCACCGCAUAGUCAAAUCCUACCUCUACCAGAUUCUGCGGGGCCUCGCCUACUGCCACUCCCACCGCGUGCUCCACCGCGAUCUCAAGCCACAGAACCUGCUGCUCGAUCGCCGCAACAACAUCUUGAAGCUCGCCGACUUUGGAUUGGCGAGGGCAUUUGGCAUCCCUGUCCGGACUUUCACUCACGAGGUGGUGACACUCUGGUAUAGAGCACCGGAAAUUCUUCUUGGUGCAAGGCAUUAUUCCACCCCUGUUGAUGUGUGGUCAGUUGGUUGCAUUUUUGCUGAAAUGGUGAACCAGAAGCCACUUUUUCCUGGUGACUCUGAGAUUGAUGAGCUGUUUAAGAUUUUCAGAAUUUUGGGCACUCCAACUGAAGGAACAUGGCCAGGUGUUGCUACAUUACCUGAUUACAAGUCAACUUUCCCAAAGUGGCCAUCUAUGGAUCUUGCAACUGUGGUCCCAACACUUGAACCGGCAGGAAUCGAUCUUCUAUCUAAGAUGGUGCGGCUAGAUCCCAGCAAGAGAAUCACCGCCCGUGCCGCCCUCGAGCAUGAGUACUUCAGGGACCUCGAGCACGCCUACUAGAUGAUGGAUGAACCAUUCAUUCCUUCCCUUCACUUGCCCUGCCCCUCUGUAAAUUAAGGUCAUAAUGCUUGGGCCCGGCGAGUAACCCAUUUUGGCCGCUGCUGCGUUAAUCUAUAAUAAUAAGAACUAAGAUGGUGUGCUGUGCUAUCCCGACCAUGCAAUUUUCUUUGAUUUUUUCUUUUUUUGGCUGUGUAGAGAAAUGAGAACGGUGAUCCGGAGAUCGAUCCUUGUCGCGGUUUUGUCUAUCAAUUGCUUGUUUCUGGAGCCUA